CUGUAAAAAUGUCGAGCAUGUCUAGAAAGAAGGUUUUGAUCGGUUGUACAGGCAGCGUAGCCACGAUUAAACUGCCACAAUUGGUAGAGAUAUUAUGGCAAAACAAUUUGGAAGUAAGAAUAGUGGUUACAGAGAAAGCCAAGCACUUUUUGAAAGAGGCAGAAUUGCCUAUAGGGAUUCAAGUUUUAUCGGACACCGUAGAAUGGGCUGCCUGGCAAGAUAGAGGUGACCCAGUGUUACAUAUCGAUUUAGUUAAAUGGGCCGAUUUGUUCUUAAUCGCUCCAUUAGAUGCUAACACACUGGGCAAGAUAGCUAGCGGUAUAUGUGAUAAUAUUUUGACGUGUGUUGCACGUGCUUGGAAUCCUUCAAAACCUUUGGUCUUUUGCCCUGCUAUGAACACAAAAAUGUGGGAACAUCCUGUCACUGCACCACAGAUAGCCCUGCUUAAGUCCUGGGGAUACAAGGAGGUGACUUGCAUUUCUAAAACACUUAUGUGCGGUGAUACUGGAAUGGGCGGAAUGGCGGAAGUAGACACUAUUGUUCAAACUACGUUGAGAUUGAUCAAUCCUUGGGAUCCGUAUCCGCCACCAGAUCUACGUAUCUAAUAUCGGGAAACGAAAUAUUCGACGGAAAGCUUUUAUCAUCGUACAGAUUGAAUGUGAAAUAUUUUAUGAGGAAAAAAAAAAUAAAUAAAUUUAAAGAUAGAGAGUUCGUAAUGCGUGCCACGGCGAAAUUCAAAUAAUUUAUGCUCACAGUUAAAAUUCAUGUCCAAUAACAAGUUUCAACUUGUACGAUUACGCUUUUCUGAAUGCACCGUGGUCGCAAUAUUUUGUUGCUCAAGUAAAAUGUUUGUAGAACGUCUGCGCCAAGGAAUAUAUUCAAGAUGGAGUUCACAUACUACUGCAGAAUGAAAAAAAAGAAAAUUGUAAAGAAAUUCUGUUCACAUAUCGUGUAAAAAAUUGACCCAUCAAAUA